CGACCAUAACAGAAAAUGAGUCUCUGUAGAAUGUUUGGGAAUGGUAAAGCUAGAUCUGGCAUUAUUGUGUUACCUUGUGGGGCUGGAAAGUCUCUUGUUGGUGUAUCUGCAGCAUGCCAUAUAAAGAAGAACUGCCUUUGUCUGGCCACAAAUGCUGUGUCAGUGGAUCAAUGGGCAUCUCAGUUCAAACUUUGGUCCACUAUUAGAGACGAUGACAUAUCUUGUUUCACUUCUGAUAGCAAAGAGAAGAGAUUACCUGAUAAUGUUGGAGUAGUUGUAACAACAUACAACAUGCUUGCUUUUAGUGGUAAACGUUCUGAACAAUCUGAGAUGAUCAUGGAACAAAUAAGAAAUACAGAAUGGGGAUUAGUUCUCAUGGAUGAGGUACACGUUGUUCCUGCUGACAUGUUUCGGAAAGUCAUCAGCAUUACAAAAUCGCAUUGCAAACUCGGUCUUACUGCUACCCUUGUGAGAGAGGAUGAUCGAAUCUCUGAUCUAAACUUCCUUAUUGGCCCCAAACUGUACGAAGCCAACUGGUUGGAUUUGGUAAAGGCUGGCUACAUUGCAAAUGUACAGUGUGCUGAAGUUAGGUGUCCGAUGACUAAGGAGUUUUUUGCCGAAUAUUUGAAGCAAAAAGUUUCCCAGAAAAAGCAGGCAUUAUAUGUGAUGAAUCCCAACAAGUUCAAAGCAUGUGAAUUCUUAAUUCGGUAUCAUGAGCGGGAGCGUGGUGACAAAAUAAUAGUUUUUGCUGAUAGCCUUUUUGCUCUCGAGGAGUAUGCAAAGAAGCUCGGGAAGCCUAUGAUUCAUGGUGGUACCAGCCAUUUUGAGAGGACAAAAGUUAUAGAGGACUUCAAGAAUUCUAAGAAUGGAAACACAAUAUUUCUAUCUAAGGUUGGUGAUAACUCGAUAGAUAUACCUGAAGCAAAUGUGAUCAUUCAAAUUUCAUCCCAUGGUGGUUCAAGGCGUCAGGAAGCUCAACGUCUUGGUCGUAUUCUUAGGGCAAAGGGUCGUCUUGAAGAUAGGCUGGCUGGGGGAAAAGAAGAGUAUAAUGCCUUCUUUUAUUCACUUGUAUCCACUGAUACACAGGAGAUGUAUUACUCCACUAAAAGGCAGCAGUUUUUGAUUGACCAAGGAUACAGCUUUAAGGUAAUAGAAAGCUUGCAAUUGCCUCUUGAUUACGGAGCAGAAGUCAACGACCAUGAACUUGAGAUGGAUCUCCUGAAUAAGGUACUAAGGGCAAAGGAUGAGAUGUUUGAAGAUGUUGAUGUGGUAUCACAUGAUGGUUUACAACAAUACAGCACUGGACAUAAGAAGAGGCAUACGCAUGUGAAGACCAACCCCAAAGAUCCAUCCAAACGGCAUCAUCUUUUCAAGAAGAGAAAGUUUUGAAUACCCGGUCUUGCGCUGGAGCUCUGUUCUUCUUUUUUAUGCUAAUGCUAAUGCUAAUCUGUAGAUUAUACAUAUUUAGUGGGUAUAUAUGUUUAUAGACUUGUAACUCAAAACGUUGUAAUAGCUUCUCAAUGUUAAAUGAAAAUUGAUUAGUGU